GCAGCGCGCUGCCGGUAUCAGGCGGGAUUUCCGCAAAAUCCAGUAAUAUGGCGAAGACCUACGACUACCUGUUUAAAUUGCUAUUAAUCGGGGACUCUGGAGUCGGGAAGACGUGUGUGUUGUUCAGGUUUUCAGAAGAUGCCUUUAAUUCAACAUUUAUCUCCACGAUAGGCAUUGACUUUAAGAUUAGAACCAUAGAACUCGAUGGAAAGAAGAUUAAGCUCCAGAUAUGGGACACGGCGGGCCAGGAGCGGUUCAGAACGAUCACAACAGCCUAUUACAGGGGAGCCAUGGGCAUCAUGCUGGUUUAUGACAUCACCAAUGAGAAGUCAUUCGACAACAUAAAGAACUGGAUACGGAACAUAGAGGAGCAUGCUUCUGCUGAUGUGGAGAAGAUGAUUCUGGGGAACAAGUGUGACGUCAACGACAAGCGGCAGGUUUCCAAAGACCAGGGGGAGAAGCUGGCGUUGGAGUACGGAAUCAAGUUCAUGGAGACGAGUGCCAAGGCCAACAUCAACGUUGAAAAUGCCUUUCUCAUGCUCGCCAGGGACAUCAAAGCAAAAAUGGACAAGAAGCUGGAGGGCAGCAGCCCCCAGGGGAGCAGCCAGGGGGUGAAGAUCAUGGAGCAGCCCAAAAAGAGCAGCUUCUUCCGCUGUGUCCUCCUAUGAGGACCGAAGCCUUACUGUCGGCCCCGCCCUGUGGAGCCGCCCCUAGGCUGGACACAACUGGACUGUGCUUGCUCAGAGCGUUCUCCCUCUCUCUCUCUCUCUCUCUCUCUCUCUCUCUCUCUCUUCCUCUCUCCCCCUCUGUCUCUCUCCCUCUCUCUCUCCCUCUCUCCCCCUCUCUCUCUUCCUCUCUAUGCUCGGUCAGGACUGUCCCGCUGUACUCCCAGAAUGCUUUCCUGUGAAUUCCUGCAGUUGCCCCUGGGUUGCUCUGCUCCACGCACAUUUUUAUUUCCACUUUUUUUUUAUACACCUGAGCUUUUCCCAAAAUGCACUGCAAUAAAAUGUUUACUCAGAGAACGUGCAAGCUUUGACUCUGAGAAACAUCAGGGAAAGUCAGAAUGGAGGACGAUGUUUGAGUGAAUUCAGCAGGGGAUGAGGUGACAGCCAGCCUUCGGUCGGGUAGGUUGCCCCCCCCCCCAGGUCAGGUGCAAACUCAUCUGAGUGAACAGUGCCUCACACUGUUGAGUGUCAGUUAGAAAGUCAGUACAUUUGUCACGCAUCAGAGUUUUGUGUCCUUGUAAACUUGCCCUGGCCUCCUGUUUGUUGUGGCCCCUGUGUGUCAUUGGCCCCUGACACACACCUGUCUGACUCCUGUACCUUUUCAUUUAAAAAAUAUUUUUAAAUCUUUUUUUAAGUUUGUCCCUGAUGUCUGUUAAUAGGAUUUUCAGGUUUGGGAACACUGAUUACUUGAACGCUCCCUUUAAACUUAAUUUUCAAACUUUAUUCAAAUCUGUUUUUUAUAAUUAUUAUUUUUAAAUUACAUUCCUUGACAAUCAGCCUCAGUUUAUCCCUGCAGCAGUGCUUGAUGGUACCCUGCAGCAGUGCUUGAUGGUACCCUGCAGCAGUGCUUGAUGGUACCCUGCAGCAAUGCUUGAUGGUACCCCUGCAGCAGUGCUUGAUGGUACCCCUGCAGCAGUGCUUGAUGGUACCCUGCAGCGGUGCUUGAUGGUACCCUGCAGCGGUGCUUGAUGGUACCCUGCAGCGGUGCUUGAUGGAACCCUGCAGCAGUGCUUGAUGGUACCCCUGCAGCGGUGCUUGAUGGUACCCUGCAGCAGUGCUUGAUGGUACCCUGCAGCAGUGCUUGAUGGUAACCCUGCAGCAGUGCUUAGCAUCACCUGCAUCUUGCCAGCAGAGCCACUCCUCAGCUGCAGCUUUGCUGGUGUCCAGCUGUUACAUGAUCUUCCAGCAUUGUGUGGCUUCAUGUUAUUUUUUGUACACACCGGUAUUUGUAUUCCUGAACCUGAGUGUCAAACGCACAAAGUGAGGCUGUACAUUCCAGCCUCCGGAACUACGUUUGAUUCCGGAGCGUCCUGUGAUUCCGGAGCGUUGUGUGUUUCUGGAGCGUUCUGUGAUUCUGGAGCAUCCUCUGAUUUUUGGAGUGUUGUGUGAUUCUGGAGCGUUGUAUGAUUCCGAAGCAUCCUCUGAUUCCGGAGUGUCGUGUGAUUCCGGAGUGUUGUAUGAUUCUGGAGCGCUGUGUGAUUCCGGAGCGUUCUGUGAUUCCGGAGCGCUGUGUGAUUCCGGAAUGUCCUGUGAUUCCGGAGCGCUGUGUGAUUCUGGAAUGUCCUGUGAUUCCGGAGCGCUGUGUGAUUCCGGAAUGUCCUGUGAUUCCGGAGCGCUGUGUGAUUCCGGAGCGUUCUGACUGAGCCUCGGGUCGGUGCAGCUGUUGUUCUGUGAGGCUGUGGUGAGACCUGCGUACAAGCAGAGCUCUGGCAUGUUGCACGUUUUAUUUAGCAGUGUUCAGUGGGCACGUCCCUCUGUGUGUCCAUACAGCUGUGCAUACAAUAUAAAACCUGUGUGAUCUGGUCAUACCCAUAGAGACCCAGUCUGUGCUGUGUGAUCUGCUCAUGCCCAUAGAGACCCAGUCUGUGCUGUGUGAUCUGCUCAUGCCCUUAGAGACCCAGUCUGUGCUGUGUGAUCUGCUCAUGCCCAGUCUGUGCUGUGUGAUCUGCUCAUGCCCAUAGAGACCCAGUCUGUGCUGUGUGAUCUGCUCAUGCCCUUAGAGACCCAGUCUGUGCUGUGUGAUCUGGUCAUGCCCAUAGAGACCCAGUCUGUGCUGUGUGAUCUGGUCAUGCCCAUAGAGACCCAGUCUGUGCUGUGUGAUCUGCUCAUGCCCUUAGAGACCCAGUCUGUGCUGUGUGAUCUGCUCAUGCCCAGUCUGUGCUGUGUGAUCUGCUCAUACCUAUAGAGAUCUGGUCAUGUUUGCCUGCUUCUUUAUGGUUUGUACAUGGUCACAGUGAAGAUCUGUCUGACCUCUAGCGCUUAGGAACUAUGCAUCACAAUACAGUCAGAGACCUCUACUUAGUGUGUAUAUGUGCACAUGCAGAAGUCAUAUUUUUAGAUUUAGAAUGUUUGCUCUGUAAUUGUAGGAGUGUGUGGUGUGUAAUUGUAGGGGUGUGUGUGUAAUUGCAAGCACAUGUGGUCUGUAAUUGUAGGGGUGUGUGUGGUCUGUAAUUGCAGGCACAUGUGGUCUGUAAUUGUAGGGGUGUGUGUGGUCUGUAAUUGCAGGGGCGUGUGGUCUGUAGUAAUAUGGGUGUGUGGUCUGUAAUUGCAGGAGUGUGUGGUCUAUAGUAAUAUGGGUGUGUGGUCUGUAAUUGCAGGGAUGUGUGGUCUGUAAUCAUAAGGGUGUGUGGUCUGUAAUUGCAGAGGUGUGUGGUCUGUAAUCAUAAGGGUGUGUGGUCUGUAAUUGCAGAGGUGUGUAGUCUGUAAUCAUAAGGGUGUGUGGUCUGUAAUUGCAGGGGUGUGUGGUCUGUAAUCAUAAGGGUGUGUGGUCUGUAAUUGCAGGGGUGUGUAGUCUGUAAUCAUAAGGGUGUGUGGUCUGUAAUUGCAGGGGUGUGUGGUCUGUAAUCAUAAGGGUGUGUGGUCUGUAAUUGCAGGGGUGUGUGGUCUGUAAUCAUAAGGGUGUGUGGUCUGUAAUUGCAGGUAAGAUGUUUAUUCUGUGCCUGUUAUCCAUGCUCUGACGACAGGUUCCCAUGGCUCCUUUUUUGCUAAGUCUUUGAGUGAAUUGGUGUAGCAGCCAUUGCAGAGUAUUAUGUGCAUGGAGGGCGUACAUACCAGUGUUCAGAGGCACAGAAGUGUUGUUAAAGUAUGAACAUUUUUCAUUUUCAUUUUCAUUUGAUUGAUGUGUGCCUGGUUUGCAGUACAGAUGGGUAAUCAGUUUGAGACAUACCUUCCCCAGUUUCUUUGCAAAGCCGAACAGUAACAGCAGCAUUCAUUCCGAUUCAUAACUGUUACUUUCAGUUUCACAACUUACUUUCACAAAAAUGUGUAUAUCCCUACAAAAAAAACUUUAAAAAAUUUACCAGCAUGUUAUGGUUUACUGCCAAGAAGGGGGUUUUAAGCAAACUUUAUAAGUUGUUGAACUACGAGACAUUGUCAGAAGAUUAGAUGAGACCUUUCACUGUAUAAAAGCUGAAGUCUGGGAUGGUGGCGUGUGGUUUCCGUGAUGCCGGGGGUGCAGAAGUGUUUCGGCGGGCGCACGGCCGAGGGGGAGGGGCUUCUGGCGGGGAGAGAAUCGAGCAGACGCCCAUGGUUGUGUGUAGAAGGUCCACCUUCGCUGCAGGUGAGAAACCAGGUGAACCUUCUGGAAGGAGUGCUACUGCGGCGGGGCUGAGCGUUUCCAUAGCAACAGCUCACCUCUGCACAGGGGCUGAUGCGUUUCCAUAGCGACAGCUCACCUCUGCACAGGUGCUGAUGCGUUUCCAUAGCGACAGCUCACCUCUGCACAGGUGCUGAUGCGUUUCCAUAGCGACAGUGCUCCUCUGCACAGGGGCUAAUGUGUCCUCUUAUUUUUGUGAACCACCUUUCCUUUUUAUUUUGGGGGAGGAGGGAGUAAAAUUGCAUAUCUUUUUGUUGCAUGCCUCAUCUGUGAAUUCAUUGUGAUUUAAUUAAUGCUGAGGAUGUUUUAUUUUAUUAUUAUUCGCAGUUGUAAAUAACAUUAGCCGAAGGGAAACAAAAGAGAUUUACUUUGUACUGGACUUUCUAAGAAAAUGUACUGGAAAUAAAUGGAUCUACAGCAUUGUAGAUGAUGUGAUAUUUGGAGGAUUUAUUAAAAUAAGAUUCCUAAAAA